AUGGAUGAUAGUUUAUGUGGAAAAUUUGAUUAUUUAAGGAAGCAUUUACCCGAUGAAUUAAAUAAAGAAGCAGAAUUGGGAUUAGAAAAAAUUAGUAAUUUCGAUAAGUAUUGCCCUGGUAAAAACUGCAACAGUAAACUCGAAAAAAUUACAAUUGGAUUUUUAUGGUUACUUGGACAAUAUUUUACUAUAUCCCAAAAUAGAAGUUGUGAUCAAAAUAAUACUAAUGCAUUUUUUCUAUAUAUGAUUUCAUGGUUUAGUUACAAAUUGAAGCAAAGCUCAGAGAACAAAUGCACCAAAAUAUACGAUUUUUAUAUUAAACAUGUAAAUGAUAAUGAUAAAUAUAAAAAAUUUAGAGAUGAUUCCAGUAAAUUUACAAAUCUUAAGGAAUUCAUAGAUGAAAAAAAAAAUUUGUUGAAUAUUAAUAUUGAAGAUCUGUAUAAAUUUUAUGAUGCAUUCAAAUCAUUAUGUAUUAUCUAUAGUAAUGAUGCAAAGAGUCAAAAAAGCGACAUACUGUCAAAUAAUGCGAAUGAUUUUGUUAAAAAAUAUACAGAGCUCAACAAUAAAUAUAAUAAUGAAGGUACCCCACAUAGUCAAAUAUUGUCUGCUUUAUCAACUGACUAUAAUAAAUUAAAAAGUAAAUAUAAUGAUUUUCCAUCCAUUCCAGAGACGUCACCAAACAGUUUUGCACUAACAUCUGAAGAUACAUCAAGUUCGUCGAUAGGAAACAGAUUAUUUACAGUUUUAUCGAUAUUUGGUGCAAUAGCAUUUUUUUUAGGAAUUUCUUACAAGUAUUCGCUAUUUGGAUUUCGGAAACGAUUUCAAAAACAAAAAUUAAGAGAAAAACUAAAAAAUGUAAAGAAGAAAAUGAAUCGUUAA